UACAGGAGGAAGCACUUUUGCUGUUCCCAUGGCGAUCGCAGUCUACAACGUGUCGGCGACCUCGGCGAAGGUGAGUUGGCUCCCGUCGGCCGGCUGCCUGGAUACUUUCUACAGCGUCAUGUACAGCCCCAACUGGAACAGCCUGCUGAUGGCCUUCAAGCGCAAGAGCUUCAUGCACGAGGAGCGCAUCCCCGUCAGCCAGACGGCCGCCCACCUGGCCAACCUGCUCCCGCAGACUACCUAUUUACUCUGCGUCACGUGCCAGGCGGCCAACCCAGCGCGGGAGCAGUGCCAGGUGUUCGGCACGCUGAGCGACAGCGGCGAGGGGCAGGAGCGCGGCGGCUGGGAGAUGGCCGCCGGCGCCUGGCUGACCUGCUGCCUUCUGCUGCUGGUUAUCGCCGGCGUCCUGCUAAGGGGGUGUCUGCACGGCGUGUGCGCGGGUCGAGCGAGCGGCGGAGAAGGAUGCUCGGUGGUGACCAAAGCCAUCCGCACGGCUCGCUCCACGUCCGGGCGGCUCUACACUCCCCGAGGGAGCCGCGACCACGGCGGCCAACGCGGUCAGCACGAGCUCAGGGCGUUGGCUCAGCUGUCUGGGAGCGAGCCGGCUUGAACCAAUUGGAUUGAGGUCAUCGCCAUAUUGUCCGGCCAGACGGAAUUAUG